GUCCACCAGAUGGGGGUCUAAUCGUUAGCAUCAUAUAAAUAAUAUCCAUGUCGUAAAUGUUAAUUUGGAUUUUUUCAAUUUUUGUGUCUGUGUUGUUUUUUAGUUUUUGUGAUUUUAAAUUUAGUUUGAUAGGGUUAGUAAAGAUCGAUGGCGGAACUAUCAUCAUCGCCUCCACCAUCAUCUAAAUCCCUGGUUGCAAACGAGGGUGACUGGACUUGCGAGGAGUGUGGAAACCUAAAUUUUGCUCGGAGGAGCCUGUGUAAUCGAUGCCAGAAAGGUAAAGCUCCUAGUGCUGCAAGGAAACGUAAACUAGGCACUGAAAUAGGAAAAGCAGCAGCAGAGAAAAGCAGAGGCCUGUUCAGUGCCGAUGACUGGCAAUGUAAUAAAUGUGGAAAUGUCAAUUGGGCUCGCAGGCAACAGUGUAACGUUUGUAAUGCACCCAAAUUUGGCGAAGUGGAAGAAAGAACCGGUUUAGGAGGUGGUUACAAUGAUAGAGGAGUAGUUGAGUACAAAGAGAGGGAUGAUUCUGACGAUGAUGAAUAUGAUGAGUUUGGUCGUAAAAAGAAAAAGAGGUGUGACGAGAUUAAACCUCCUAGUGGUAAAAAUAAUGAGACUAGUAAGAAGGCAGAAGUUGAAGAGGAGGAAGAAGAGGAAGAAGACGAUGAUGGUGAUUUAUCAAAGUAUGAUUUGUCUGAUUGGGGAGAUGUCAAAAAAGAUGACAAAGGUGAUAGCAAGUUGGAUAAGUCGAGUUCUAGAUCCCCAUCUCCCAGAUUUAAGCAUUAAAAUCAAUUGAAUAUAAUUAGUUUCUUAGCAUUGACUUGAGAUCACAUACAAAACAAAAUGAUCUAAGUAUAAUCUGCCAAAAAAUAUUUAUAAAUAUUUCUUAAUGCUUAAAAAUUAAUUAAUUUAAAAUAUUUACAGAUUAUGUAUUUGUAUCUUUUAACUUAAAUGUGUAAACAUUUUUUAAAGAAAUUUUUAUGAGAUUUAGGAAAGAAGAAAGAGCGUAAUAUUAAUAUUGUCUAGAGUAUAGAACUAGCGUCUUUUAUAUAGUAUUUUAGAUUAGGUAUUGCUUUUAGAUCAUAAUUUGUUAGUGUCUUUUUUUUAAUUAGUGAAGUCAUUUUUAAAUGUAAUUUUAGAUGGUGUUUUUCUCCACUUAUUUUAUGUUUUAUUUCAAUUUGUAUGUAUUCAUUGUACAUCUGAUGUUUAUUCUAAAUAAUUUUAAAAAGUAGAAAUUAAAUUUGUUAUGUAAAUUAAUGAACUGAAUAUUUAUUAGUGUUUUAUUGGCACUAAAUUAACUUCUUCCUAUUUAGGUAUAUUAUUUUCUGUUUGUCUAUUUUUUUCUUUAUUUAGGCAAAUGUUUUCUUCCAAUUAGGUAUAUUGAUUCUGAUUAAAUAUAAUAUUGUUGUUAUUAUUAUUUAUGCAAUGAAUGUAUUUUAAAUCAAUUUUAAUACUGUAUAUAAAUCACUUUUAAUCAUGUCACUGCUGUGUGGUAUUUACUCAAAUGUUUGAAGUCAUUCAAAUAUGUAUGUAUUCCUUAAAUAAACCUAAAGCAAUA